AUGGUCAAACAGCAUCUAUGGAGUCGUGGCAAGAAAGACUUCUCCGUCACGGGAACCCUCCUGAACAGACUCAAUGCCACCGAAGCAAAGAGAGAGCCGAUGCUGAGGGUACGCAAGGAGCCCUGGAGUGGUGAGCAAUUCGACAAGCACGUCGGCUUGAGGAGGGCAAAUACCGAGGCUUUACAUGCCCAGGCUGUUAGCGUGUCCCUUCCCCAUGAUCAGAUGUGCCGGAACUGCCAAAGGGGUGAGGGGCCGUAUAACGCAUGUGUGUAG